GAAAUGGAGCUCGUGGAGGUAAAAUACUGCAGCGGUUUCCUGAGAGGGACUGGCCUGAUACUCCCUUCAUUGAAGGCCUUGAGUUGUUCUGCCAGCCCCAAGGCUGGGCGUUGUCAUGCAACCACCAGGACCCACAGUUCUUUGUGUGCGUCCUGACAGACUUCAAUGCCUCUCGUCACUACUGCGCCAUCUUCAGCUUCUAUGAACCUUAUGCCAUCACUCAGACACAUGCUCAUGCUGAUGAGGAAGAAGAAGGUGGGCUAGAGCUUUGUAUCAGCAAUGGAGGUGUCACCAACAGUGGAGGAAAUGCUGUGGUGGUGGCUGGUGCUCACCACUCCAUCAUGUAUGCUCCCAAGUGCCUUGUGCUUGUCUCCACACUUGACUGCUUUGCAACAUUCAGGAAUUGCCUUGGUCUGGUGUACACCGUGCACAGCGAGGGCCUCAACGUCAGCUUGGAGACGCUCGUGGGCAACAUGGUUGGCUAUGUGCAGGUGCCUCCUCCUGGUGGACCGCAGGUGCGCUUCAGUAUUGGCGCUGGCGACCGACAGGCUCUUCAACCUCCCGCAUCCCCCUCUCUGCCCGUGACCCACACAACGGUCUUGGGGCUUUUUUCUCAGCUCGGUAUCCGCAAUGUGCUGGUGCUGUUCUGUGCAGCUGUGACAGAGAACAAGCUCCUUUUCCACAGCAUGUCAUACACUCGCCUCACUGACUCCUGCCACGCUCUUAAAGCGCUGCUGUACCCAUUCCAGUACAGCCAUGUCUACAUCCCCAUCUUGCCGUCCCCGCUGGUCGAGGUGCUGUCCACCCCCACCCCCUUCAUCAUGGGGGUUCACUCAUCCCUCAAGGAGGAAGUUUCGCAGCUAAUGGACGUUAUUGUGGUGGACUUGGAUGGAGGUUCCAUUCGAGUGCCUGAUUCACUUGCCUUGUCGCCGCUCAUUGAGCCUUACUUCAGUGAAGCUCACAAUGCUCUCUCGGCAGUGCUACAUCCCGACCUCCUUACAGCCGACAACGCUUUCUCCACAAGCUCCUUGCCCUUGGCCACGCCUCAUGUGCUCAAAGAUAAGCAACUCAGAGCCGUCUUCAUGCGACUCUUUGCCAGGUUACUGCAAGGUUACCGUUCGUGCCUCACCCUCAUUAGGAUCCAUGCGAGUCCCGUGAUAACCUUCCACAAAGCAGCGUUCCUCGGACACCGAGGCUUCCAGGAUUUUGAGUUUGUGUCUAAGCUCUUGGACUGCAUGUUUUUCACUGAGUUUGUGAGUGAACGAGGACUUCCUUGGCGAGUGUGUGACUUGUGGGACGAGCUCUACUCCUUGACUCCCGAACAGCAGAGACUUGAACACAAUGACCCCAGGCUUGUGCUGGUCCAUAUCAAGGAGCUCGGGCAACAGCUUUACAACAACGAGAAUCCAAACCCGCAGUUUGAAGCUAAAAUACCGAAGCCAACAGAAGGUUCCUUCACAAGAAUCCAUCAGCCCAUCUUCCCAACCUUAGACGCCACAAAAAUUCAAGCUAUCAUUGACGAAGGAACUUCAAAAGAAGUCAAAAUACCCAAAAUUAAAGAGCAACCACAAACCGUCCCUAUGGGCUGUCAUAUUUCGACGUUACAAAGCCCUGGAAUUGGAGGAAGCUCUGCUCAGCGCCUGAAGGUGCUGCGCGAUUGCGUGACUUGCAUCUUCGAGAGCAAAAUCAGUGACGCCCGCAAGACUUUCCCCGCCGUGCUACGAGCUCUUAAAAGUAAAGCUGCACGCCUAGCCUUGUGCUCUGAGUUGGCUUUGCACGUGCAGCGCAACAAAGCUGUGCUAGAGCAUGAACAAUUUGAUCUUGUGGUGCGUCUCAUGAACUGUGCCUUGCAGGACACGUCUCAAAUGGAUGAACAUGGCGUUGCUGCUGCACUCUUGCCUCUGUCAUCUGCCUUCUGUCGUAAACUCUGCACUGGAGUCAUGCAGUUUGCCUUCACCUGUAUCCAAGAUCACCCCGUGUGGUCCAAUCAUCAGUUUUGGGAGGCUGCCUUCUAUGAAGAUGUGCAGAAUGAUAUCAAGUCGCUUUAUUUGGAGAAAAUUCACGACCAAAAUGGCCACCAUUAUAAUACCCUCUACACAACUGACGCAGUAAAUGAUGGAGUUGACUUCCAGGGACUCAAAGACAAAAGAAUGUCUUACUUGCCUGCUGAGCAGAUAAGAGCUCUCGACAUUGCUGCCAACAGACUACGAAUUUGGCCAACUCUACCAAGUGCAAAACAGAAAGAAUUGAAUGAACAGGAAGAAUCUACUCUGUAUUCUCAAGCCAUCCAUUUCGUGUACCGUAUAGUUUACCUUCGCAUUCCUCUAGAAAUAAAUUCAUUAAUUCCUCGUCGCCCUUUACCUGAAAACUCAAGUGCUAGCUUCACAAACAGUGUUGCUGAGAGUGACAGCAUGGAUGGCGAAUCAGGCUUUGAAGAGCAGGAACAGAGCGACCGAGAAGCCAGCGUCAUACGUUUUGCGUCUCGGUUUGUCGAUAAAGUCUGCACUGAGGGCAAAGUUACAGACGAACACAUCAAGUCCCUUCACCAAAUGAUUCCUGGCGUUGUAGCAAUGCACAUCGAGACUCUGGACAUGGUUCAUAAGGAGAGUCGGCGCCUACCGCCCACGCAGAAGCACAAGAUUAUGCUGCCUUCACUCAUCCCUGGAGAGAAGAUGGAACUAGAGGGACUUCGCGUGCAUCUUUUGCCCGAUGGCAGGGAGGACGCCGUGGGCGCCAAGAGCGGCCCUAUCUUGCUGCCGGCUGAAGGCGCACUUUUCCUCACCAACUACAGGCUCAUCUUCAAAGGACUUCCCUCUGAUCCUUGUGCCUGUGAGCAAGUGAUCGUGCGAGCCCUGCCCCUGACGUCCAUUACUCGGGAGAAGCGCGUGUCGGGCGGCCAGCACCACGGCCUCAUGGACCAGUGGGCGUCUGAUGGACUGCAGAUACGAUCUGCUACCUGCCAGCUGCUGCGCGUUGCAUUUGAUGAAGAGGUGUCUCCUGAAGCCAUCGAAUCUUUCCGCAAGUUGUUGAGUCGAUUGCGGCAUCCGUCAUCUGUCCUUCAGGUCUUUGCCUUUGCUGGGUACAGCCAAGUUAUUUUCCCUGUCAGCAGACGCGAGAAAGACAAGCCUGGCUAUGGAACUCUCAGGGGUUUCGCUAAGAAGACGCUGAUGAAGACUGCUCGCGUGACCGGCCUCAAGUCAGGCAAGGGCCGCAAGCAAGAGAAAUACGUGUUCCCAAGCGCCGCGGUGGAGCGGAGGACGUUCCUAGGCUCAUCCCAGACCAGCGGCUUGACGCUGGGGAUCCCUGGUGGUGGUGCUGGGGGAGUGGGAACCCCUGGUGGGGUUGGUAAAAAUAUCUUCCCCAGCGGCUCGUCUGUACUGCACUCGUCGGCGUCACGCGUCACCAUGACACUGCCCCAGCAGCGACCCAUUGACCGCAGUGCUGAAGAACUCAGGCAGCUUGAAGAGUCAAGUGGUGGCAUGGAAGGCGACACUGGCAGCGUUAGAGGAAGCGCCACCGCUGAGGUUGACAACAAAACACUUGAGAAACUCACCGAGCGAAGCUACUAUAGAGAUUAUCAGCGAGUUGGUCUGGGAGGAUCUCUCCCUAUAAUGGGUGUGGGCAGCUCGCAGUCUCCCCCCGCUUGUUCGGCCGCGGCGCUCGCGUCCAAGAAAACUGACUUCAGAAUUACUGCCGUCAAUUCUGGCUACCAGUUAUGCAGGAGCUAUCCAGCCCUGGUGAGCGUGCCGGCGGUGCUCACGGAUGAGUGCAUCGCGCGGGUGGGUCGACUGUACCGCAGCGGACGCUUCCCUGUGGCGACCUGGCGUCACCCCAGCACCCGGGCCCUCAUCCUGCGUGGCGCUGGCGUGCACAGCCGCACUGCGCUCACCAAGCUCAAUAGGGGCGGCGCUGGCACCCAGCCCCUCCCUCCUGGUAUCGGUGGCGCCAACUCUGGUGUCGGAGGUACAAGCACCGACGGCUCCUCGCACAGCGUCGAGCACGAGAAGUUCCUGUCAGCGAUUGUGGCCUCAACGCCUCUUGCUGCGGUGAGGCACGCCUCAGCGUGGCGCCUCGCUGACAGCUCCCUCUCCCUCAACAGCCUCGCGGCCACACACCUCUCCCCUCACAUGAUGUCCCUCGCAGCACACGGCGGGGCUGCUGACGCCAUAUACGGCAAGACGGUUGGGGCAGAGCCGUACCCCCACUACAGCGGAGGGCUGCACUCCCCCACCCGCUCCAGCUACUCCACGACCUCGGCCACAGGAGGUCUCGACACCUCCAGCUACAACGGCUCCACCGCUAACACCACCUACAACAACUCCUCGUACGGGGGCACCCCUUACGGCUCGGGGUACAUUGCCAGCACCACGCCGAAAGACUACGGGACUCUCACGCCCGAUAUCAACAGAAGAACAAACCCUCUCACUAAAGCUAUCAACUCACUCAGUCACGACCAAAGCGCCAGUGUUGCUGGGGGAGGUGCAGGCUCCAGGCUCUCUUCCUCCGUCCUCGUCGAGGGCUCGGCGACAGAUUUGGGGGCUGAUCCCAACAUGGAGGUCGUGCGAGCGUUCAACACGGCUGCACUCUACAUCUUCGGGGAGAAAACUCAUUUGAAGGGUUUGAAAACGGACACCGUACACAAAACCGAAUUUAUUAUCGUGGAUUAUCCAGAUGUUCUUCAAGUGAAAUCGGCGUUCAAGAAACUGAUGAGGGCAUGCAUGCCUUCCACGUCCACUGCUGAUCAGGAGCAGUCCUUCUUCAGGCUGGUGGAGAACAGCGAGUGGUUGUCACAGCUGUCGUGUCUGCUGCAGCGCUCAGGCGCCGUGGUUGAUCUCACGGACCUCCUUGGUGCCUCAGUGAUGCUGCUGCUCGAAGAUGGCUGGGACUUCACGGCCCAGGUCUCGAGUUUAGCUCAGAUCUGCCUGGAUCCUUACUACCGGACGCUGGAAGGCUUCCGUGUUCUAGUGGAGAAGGAGUGGCUCGCCUACGGACAUCGUUUCCUGCAUCGCAGCAACGUCCUACACAGCUCUCAGAACUCUGGCUUCGCACCGAUCUUCUUGCAAUUUCUUGAUGCCGUGCAUCAGAUCCAGCGGCAGUUUCCUCUAUCAUUCGAGUUCAACGAGUACUACUUGCGGUUCCUGGCAUACCACAGCGUCUCGGGCAGGUUCCGCACAUUUUUGUCGGACUGCGAGUUUGAGCGCGCUCAGCUCGGCAUCAUGAGUGAGGAAGAUAAGCGUGGCUCGCUCUCCCGCCAUCACAAAGGUCUCGAAGCCACCAGCGAAGACGACAUUUAUCCCACUGGAGGCGGCCGUCUAAGUUCGCCAAGCAACAGCAGCGGCAGCAAUUUAGGACAGUCUGUGUUCGACUACAUCGAUAAACUGGCGGCGCGAUCGCCCGUCUUCUUCAACUUCCUGUACGCGCCUGAUCGAGCCGCCGACAGUCAGGUACUGCGGCCAGUGACGGUUGUGAGUGCCCUGUGUGUGUGGGAAUAUCUGCUGGCCGAGGAGCUCAAGCACGGCCCGCCCUACGACCACGAAGUUCGACAACGCGACAAUAUGAGGGAGGAAGAAGAGGCCGCUGCUGACGGUCCAAGUGGCGGGCGUAGUUCGUGUCGCCGAGUGAUGAGUCGUGGCUAUGAUUGUCUCAUGGCCUGCCAGCCUGACGUGUUCACUGCACAGCUGGACGAGCUCCGUCAGCUCGAACAAGACUUAGGUCAUCUGCCCCAUAAGUGGACGGCACACUGGGAUAAACUAGAACUCCCUCCGCAGGACAUGCUGCAGCGACAAGUAUCGGUGACCACUCAGCUUGUUCGUGAGCAUGGACGAUCAGUGCACAAACGCAGCACUCUAGAGUUACUAGUGCGCGCCAAGACGCUCACUGCGCUCACCAGCACAGCCACCCCACCAGCCUCCUCUGCCGCGGCCUCUGUAGCGUCAGUUCACCACCACCACCACGACCCUGGUGCUGGUCACGUGGCAGGGUACACGCACCCACAUCGCUUUGAGAAGUACAACUACGCGACGCCCGCCUACUGUGACCACUGUUUCUCGGUCCUCUGGGGCCCCAUCAAGACGGGCCUGCGAUGCGUGGACUGCAGUUACAACUGCCACGAGAAAUGCGUCGAGAACGUGCCUAACUCCUGCACGCGAUACAAGGCAGGGCGCGACCACACCGCCGCCCCUGCACCCGCUCCUCAACUGGACACCGCCUCCAUUGCUUCAGGCGUUGCGUCUCAAAAGCCUUCGCAACAAACCUACGAAGACUACUCGUCUAACGUCCCCGAGAACCGCACACACGAAAGCUAUCUCUGGAAACGCGGAUCUCUCCUCAAGAACUGGAAGCAGCGAUGGUUUGUCCUGGACAGCAUGAAGCAUCAACUUCGCUACUACGACUCCCAUGACGAUCCUCAAGCCAAAGGAACCAUCGACAUGUCAGAAGUCGUCGCCGUGUGUUCCGCGCUGCCGACUCAAGGGGCUCCCAAAAAAAUUGACGAGAAAGCUUUCUUUGAUCUGCAGACCAAGAAGCGCGUCUAUAACUUUUGCGCUAGCGACGGACCGGCGGCACAAGAAUGGAUUGAAAAGAUCCAAGCUUGUCUACAAUAAACACUGAAAUAAUCUGGUGAUAUCAACAUAUAUGACUUGAAAGUACGAAAUUUUUCAUGCAUUUAGCUACUGCCUCACAGUUUGAAACGAACAUUUUUAUGUGACUUGUUUCAGCGAACUCUAUACUCAAGUGUUGUCACGUUUAGCGUUAUUCUCACGUUGUUCAAUCUUUAUUAUCUGACAGAAAUAUUGUUCAAUUGAAUAUUUUUCACUCAUUCCUACACUCUUCGCAAAAUACAAUGAUGAGAAUAGAGAACCUCAUAAUUUUACUUCUAUUGGCUCAUUCUUUACAGCGUGCUUUGGAAUGGAAACACUGUAAUAGCUUACUAAUAAGUUAAUAUAUGCAUGUGCAAUGAGAUGGUUCGUCCUGAAAUUAAAAAGAUUCUUUAUCAAAUAGAUUGAAAGAAUUUGCUAAAUGCUCUAUUCUAAGACACGUAAUUUUAGUGCUUCUUUUGAGCAGAAGGCUGCUCAAGAUGAGACGACCUGUAAUGGCUUGAUAACGAUACACAUUUAUUGUCAUAUUAUAGGCGAUGGAGAUUCAACUGAAGCGUCGUAAUAUUUUUUUAUUCGAUUAAACUAAUGUCUAGACUCAUUACAAUUGAUGAUAAAUUCGUCACGCUUUCAUUGUUACACUAAAUAUUCGUUUUUUUUGUUGUUUGUUAUUUUAGGAAUAAGUUUCAUGUCAGAAUACGAGAUGUAAUUCAGCUGCCAUUCCUCUAGCUCUUGACUGCCUGCCACGACCAAUUAGUCUGUUUUCUCAGCUUUAAAUACUCGAAUUUUCAGCCAGUCGAGUGUUAAUGAUGAAUUCCGUGCAUUUUUUGUCAUACUAAUUUAUAAUUCACGACUGCAAUUAGUGUGAUGCACGAGUAGUUAACAUUUAAGUUUACGUCGCCGCCUACGUCUUGCCUAGUUUACGUUUGAAUGGCACGUGGAGUUGUUUCGUUGAUCAAGUUUAUUUGUAUGCAUCCUGUACGUCACGUAUUGAUGUUUUUAGUGUUAUCAAAUAGAAAUUAAUUCAUCACUCUCUUUCGCGCUGUCUUUUGCACAAACUCCAUUCAGAACUAAUUCUUUGCAUCUUAUGAAAAGUUACAGUCUUACAGAUGUCAAUUCUAGAACUCGAGAAUCCGAGUUUAUGUGUCCAACAUCAUUAGAAAUGCCUUCAAGUCAUUAGUAUUUUUUGAUUCUCAUAUCGUUAUUUUACUGCUCACGAUAAAGUCUGUGAACAACGCUGAACCGAGUUCAGCUCGCAUAGAGUUUGCAUUAUUGAAGCGCGCUUAUUCCCGUAUGACAAAUGUUUAUUUCCGAUCUCUUGUCUUUCCGAUGCUGUCGCUCAAUGAGCUCUGUCGCUAUCUUCUUAAGCGAUGCUUUACUUGUUUUAUUUUAUAAUGUUUGUGGUUAUUUUGGCAUGAUAAAUAGAUGAAGAAUUAGCGAUAUUAGCGGAAUUUGUUACGUCGAUGUUAUGAUUAAUGCUUUAUUGAUAUUUUGAUUGAGCUCUACUGUUACGAGCCGAGGCUGACUUUGUUGAUGAGACUAAUGCUACAAUAAAUGACAGAUCUGAAGUAGAUGUGUUAAGUUAAGCGAAGUAUCAUUACACGAGAAUAAUAAUAAUUAGGAAUUAGAACGCUCAUUUCUGAGUAAUUAGCUUUUGCUGCCUUAUUUUUUAUUGUUUGUUGGUCGCGUCUUCCAGUCUAUAUUUGCUGUAUCGUGAAUGUUCUGUACGUAAUUAAGUAUUACCCACCUUUCUACUCUCAAACCCAACCUUGCUACUCUGAUCACAUGAAACUUAUUUCCUCAUGUAGCUUUGUGUUCCACGAUUUAUACUGCUUCAGUGUGUGUGUGUUUGUGUUUGUUCACACAAUGUCGCUUGUAGUGCUUGUGUUGGUGCUUGUGCGUGCACUAUUGUGCUUGUGCGUGUUGUGCUUGUGUUGGUGCAUGCACUAUUGUGCGUGUUGUGCUUGUGUUGGAGCACCUGCGUGGUGUCCCAAGCAUUGUGUUCGCGAGAGUUUUUCAGUUAUUAGUUUAUCCUCAUAGAGCUUGUUUUUUUAGCAAAUAGCAAAAUACCUAAAACAAUUGUGAAUAGCUGUAUCUUUCGAUCAAUUAUAGUUUAGUUUUUGAAAAUAAAUUCUUAAUUCAUUCGUCACGAUUUAUCGUUGAAUCCACUAUUAACGAAAGAAUUAUUUAGAAAUGCGUUCAAGAGAUUUUCAACUUAUUAUUCCGUAGAGCGGUUUCAUUUUUCAUUUGUUCAAUCUAAUAUUUUCUAAGGUUUUUUUCUCAUUAGUUCCUUUGAACGCAUGACAUCUUAUUCUGUUUGUAUUGUCGUGGCUAACUCAUGUAUACCUGCACCUCAUGUUUCUUAGUCUAGUAUGAUAUUCUUCAGGGAUCUGUGUGACUGUGUGGGUUCAUCUUGACUUUGCAAUUUGUUUAGUGUGUGCCUGUUGUAAUAAAGUGUGCUGCACGAUGACGCUUCGGGAAGUAUGUUUCCUUUUUGUUGUACCUCAGGAUUUUCCAGUUUCUAAUGACGCUUAGGAUUCAUGUUGGCCUUGCUACGGUAUUCUUUUCUUGGUCGACCAUGGGACGAUGUGAUCAUUUCCAAGGUCCUUCCACAUACAUUCAGCAUUGACUGGAUGUCUGGGCAUGAUCCUUAGUGCGAAUAUGUUCGUAUGAAGGCAGUUAAUUUCCUGCUAUGUUUCAUCAAUUUGUUGUAGAAAAAGACUAAAUUACUUGUUAUAAAAUUUCCUUUGAUUCUUCAGUAAAAUCAGGACGAUCCGUAGAAUUUCAUGAAUUCAACGAACAGAGUCUAUAAUUAAUAUCAUCAAAUAAUUCUCUCUUAUGUUUCUAUGUUACAAGUUUCCGCUAAAAAUUUAUCCUGCAAGAUAGUGCAGUAGUCACUACUUGACUUAUGUUUGUUAGCUUUUUCAGGCGUUACAUCUACAUUGGCCUUGUAACAACAUCGUUAUAUUUUUGUAUAUUUCAAAUUAACUUGCGUCUGAGAAUCAUUUUGUUGCAAGUAUCGUUAUCAUUCUCAUUGUUUUCCCUCGCAAGCUUCUUGAUCCUUCCUGACAAAUGCUCUCUAUUUGUGCUUGGCUAUUACCGUAGACCAGGCCUUAGCUUAAGUUAAAGAUCGCGCUGUUAGAGCUAUUUGUAUAUUAUUUAUAGUUUAUUACUUUAACAACAGUUUGCCUGGAAACUGAACUCACCAAAGCGAUCAUUUCUGUUGCUUAUUAACAGUUUUGUAUAUCUACUAUCAUUGAUUCUAAAAUUUUUUCCACUGCUUUCAGCCUAAUGUUGCAAUUCGAUGAUAAAAUAUUGAUGUUAGCAUAAUUAUUUUAUUCUUCAUGCUCUAAGUUCCGGUGUAAUACGAUGCCCAUGUCUAUCCAAUGAUGUUAAUAAAUAUAGCAGUUUAGACCAUUCAGACUCGCUCUAGUGGACGUAUGUCCUCUGAAUUUGCCUUACAGUUUCAUCAAUGCAGAACUAAUCAAAGGAAUAAUCAAACGAUGCAGCAUCUUGUCCUUAUUAAUAAGGUCUUGCUUCAUUCUGUAGAUUAGCUCACUGGAAAAAAUUAUCCUAAAUUUGGAUUUUGUGCAUCUAAAUUUUGUGCGGCAUUCUAAUCAUUUCAUAAUGAUGCCCAUUCUAGUGUAUUACCUAUUUACGUUUUUAGGAAUAGGGAGUUUAUUUCCUUCUUGAAUUUUCCAACGACUGCCUCGGUUGUUCCCGAAACUAAUAUUCUGUAUUUGCUGUUGCGUAUUCCGCUCGUGGGCUUCGUCGUGCAAUCAGUGGCUGCAAUAAUGAAAUCAAAAUAACUCAUUUUAGCCACGCUUGCCGACUUCAGAAGUCUAAAGCACAAGUUACCCGAUAUUAACAGCAGGUACUUUCCUAUGUAUUUCUUUCCGCUAACUUAAUCGUACGAGUUAUGAAUUUUUCUUAGGAUUAAUUUUAAUCAGAGGAAUUUAGUCAGUAUUUCUAUUGAUUUUAUUUUUCCCGGAGCUUUGUUUAUUGUUUUCGUCCUGCUUUUUUUCUCCGUACCCUUACUCAUCCACGGCCCUGUUCUUAUCCCGUUUUUUUACUAAUGUUUUAGUAAUCGUAGUUUAAUGUCGUUGAACGACCGUUUUACGCAUCCCAGUUACUUGUGUUACAACUUCUUGGGCUCGUGCUGUUGCGUGCCACGAAGUUGGUAGCCGUGCUCUCCGCGGCUAAUAUUAUUCCAUAUUCAUACAUUACAUAAAUGUAUAUGUUCUUCUUUUUGCACUUUCUUAUGCCGCGCGCUCGCUGGAGAGUCGCGUACUUUUUCAUUUUAUCCUCAUGACUGGAAAUUCAUUUCUUCGUCAUAAUGAAAUCUGGAUUUGAUU